AUGCCGCCGCUCUGCCGCCUGCCCGGCCGCGGGGCCCUCUCCUGGGCCGCCUGCCUGCUCCUCCUGGUCGUCUGCUUGAGCCCCGGUGUUACAAGAGGAAAUAAAUUAAAGGCGAUGCUUCAGAGACGAGAAGCCCCGGUUCCAGCUAAGGGAGAAGUGUCUGUCAAAGAAGAUAAAGCCAAGGAGUUCUUAAGCAGCCUGAAACGCCAGAAACGCCAGCUUUGGGACAGGAGUCAACCUGAUGUACAGCAGUGGUACCAGCAGUUCCUUUACCUCGGCUUUGAUGAAGCUAAAUUUGAAGAUGAUGUCUCCUAUUGGUCAAACGUAGGACGCAGUGGCCAUGAAUAUUAUGGUGGUUAUUACCAGCACCAUUAUGAUGAAGAUGCCCCUAUUGGCCCACGAAACCCACAGACUUUCAGGCAUGGAGCCAGUGUCAACUACGAUGAUUAUUAGCCUUGAAUUUUCUUCUCUGAUUAAGAACAUCCUGAAGAGUAAUAAGGAUCUCUCCCUCCUUUACUGUACCUCUUUUUCAAGUUUUACCUAGAUUGUUAAAUGAAAUGAGAAAAAUGUAA